CAACUGACGUGUGCUUAGUAAGUGCUUAGUCCUGUGCUUCUCUUUCUGGUUUACUUCAUAUCGGAUAUCUUCUAUCUUCUACUUAUCCUCUAUCUUUAAUCUGCCAGGCAACAAUGCCCUCCGUUCUCUCUCGUUCGGACGCUGCAGAUCCGGACCCGCCCAGAUUCAUCGACAUGGCCGCAGACCUCGCCUCCUUCCACUCCUGUCUGCGCUCCUCUUCGCGCAUCCUCGCCCUUGUCGGCGCAGGUCUCUCCGCAUCCUCCGGCCUGCCCACUUUCCGCGGCGCAGGCGGCCUCUGGCGCAACCAUGACGCAAUGGACCUCGCCACUCCUGACGCCUUCGCCUCUGAUCCCUCGCUCGUCUGGCAAUUCUACUCCGCCCGCCGCGCCGCUGCUCUCCAAGCCAGACCAAACAAAGCCCACUACGCACUCGCCGAGCUCGCCCGCUGCAACAGCCAAUUCCUCACCCUCACGCAAAACGUCGACGGCCUCUCCGUCCGCGCAAACCACCCGCUCGACCAACUCCUCCACCUCCACGGCAGCCUCUUUGAUCUCAAAUGCACCUCCUUCUACUGCGACCACUCCGAAUCAAACAACACCACCCACCCGCUCACGCCCGCCCUCGCAAACCCCGAAAGCCACGCAUACAUCCCGAGCGCGGACCUGCCACACUGUCCCCAGUGCCGCACCGGCCUGCUCCGUCCCGGCGUCGUCUGGUUCGGCGAGCCCCUACCAUACGACGUCAUCCGCGCCGCCGACGCAUUCUUCGACCAGGGCAAGGUCGAUCUCAUCCUCGUCAUCGGCACCAGCGGCUCCGUCUACCCCGCCGCCAGCUACGUCGACCGCGUGCGCGCGCAGAACGGCAAGGUCGCCAUCUUCAACAUCGAUGUCGACGAUCUUGAUUCUGAUGAAGAGAGCUUAGUCGGCCUUCCGGAUUCGGAGCGUAUGAAGUGGGUUUUCAAGGGAGAUGCCGCCGAAUGGGUUCCUAAAGCUCUCGAGCCAAUAAUCGGAAAGAUCGAUCUGCCCGAGGAGUCUUCCUAGCUGCCUUUAUUUCUCUUUUUUUUCUAUUUUGCCCUUUGCAUUGACACUACAGGAACCACGGAGUUGCAUGGCGUUUGUAUAUUAUAAUGUAUUUCUACUGAUAAACGUAAUUGAGCUAUAAUCUGGAAAAGCUGCGUAUUGUAUGUAAGAAAUAGAAAGCAUUCUGUAAC